AGGCCGCGGGCCGGGAAGGGGCGGGCGAGGUUCCCGGAACCAGCCGCGCUCGCACGGCCGCCGCCGGCCCGUUCUCCCCGCGGGCUGAGGGAGCCGGGAACUGCCCGCCAUGUCCUCGAUGGCCGCCGCCAGCUGCGACGGCAAGGGCGCGGGGGAGGCGCGGGAGGAGAAGAAGCCGCUGAAGGCCUGCUGUGCCUGCCCCGAGACCAAGAAGGCGCGGGACGCCUGCAUUAUUGAGAAGGGAGAAGAAAAUUGUGGGCACCUAAUUGAAGCUCACAAAGAGUGUAUGAGAGCUCUGGGCUUCAAAAUAUGAGUGAGAUGAGCAGGACUGAGUGGGAUGAUGUCUUUGGUGUGACUGUGUUCUGGAAAGCUGCAAAAUAAAUUAUUUCUGCAAAUUACUUCAAAGAACAAAUAUGAACAGAGUCUAUUUAUGAAGAGUCUUUAACGAUAGAGUAUGCAUCACAUCUGUAGCUUUUCCACUGCUUGCUCUUGACCACUGCUAUAGAAAAUAUAUUUUUUCCUCUUAAUAAAAGCCUGAAAAUGA